AUGGCUUGCCCUUCUCCUCUGGACAAAAUUGAAAGGUUGAAAGCAAAGAUAGAUGCUGUCUUCCUUAAAGUGAACCGAACUUCUGGGAAACUGAAGGAACAGGGAGGGAAAGGGUUUCCCCAGAUCCCGGAUGUACCCCAACCUAGUCCAACACCAACAACCAGUAUUGAAGAUGUCAAUGUCACUCAAGGGAAGACGGAGUUCCAAACAAGCACCCAGGGGUACUGGAACCCAUCUACCGCUGGGUAUACAGAACGUGGGGGAUCCUUCUACAAAGUCUUCAGGACCAGAAAGAACUACACCAGUGCUCAACAGACAUGUGAGGCAGACGGAGGCCAUUUGGCUGUUGCCAAUACUGAGGCUAUCAACAACUUCAUCGUACAACAGAUUUCAGGCCGUAACGACUCAUGGAUCGGGCUCAAUAAUAAGAAUUCUGAAGGUACUUGGAUGUGGGCAGACGGAACCAGAUUGGCCGGUUGUGCUUUCUCCAACUGGGCACCGAAACAACCAAGUAUGAACCAAGGACAAAAGUGUGUGCAAAUGUGGUCAAGCCGCCGCUAUAAGUGGGACAAUACCCUUUGCCACAGACUGAAAUAUUUCACUUGCCAAAUAGGUCCUGGAGAGGAUAGCAACUGCGACAAGAAUGCGGGAAGACGCAGUGGAUGA